GAGAGAAGCUCUGUGGGGAGGAGGGAGAGAAAAGGAAACUUGGCCAGGGCCGGAGAGAGAGGAAGUGCGAAAACAAAAGCGAGAUAAAAGGGGCUGCUGCUGCUGCUCUCGCUCUCCCUCCUCUGCGCCUUUCUUUUUCUCUCUCCCUUUUUCUCGGAGCUGGGUUAGGAGGGGCUGUUUUGCAUCCCUUCACGUCAGCCCUGCCUCAUUCCCUUCUUCCUUCCUGCUGAGAGAGAGAGAGAAAAGAGAGAGGGAACUGCGAGCGAGGAGUCGGCGGCACCCAGACCAGGACCGGCCCCAGGAGGAGAGGAGAGGCGAGGCGAGGCGGCCUCCCCUGCCCGCCUGCCUGCUUCCCCGUUACCCGUCCCCCUUGGCAAGCUGCUGCUUCGGGAGUCCUAGGGAUCACAGCUGGGAUGCAGGGAGCAGGAUGAACAGCAGCUGCCCGUGCAGGAGUUGCCUGCAAGCCCCUAUGGCCGAGCGGGCCUUUUAGCAGAGGAAGAGGAUUGCGGGCCCCUCUCCAUGCAAGCUCCUAGGAAGGCUACACCUGCUGAAGGUCACUCUCUGUCGCAGCUGUUGAACUGCCUGCUUUUUCACCUGACCACCUUCUCCUCCGCACCACUGGUGGCAGGGACUGGAGCUCUUCUUCCGGUUCCUCUGUAAGGUUGCCAGCCUACUUGCCCCAGUCAGGCUCUUGCACCAUUGCUGUCUUCAUGACAAACCAGCAACAGACGCAGAAGGUGUGCUUGAUGGUGUGAGACAUGGAACACUUUGCCCACUCUGGAACACAGACGGAUGCCGUGGUGGUGCUCUCUCUAGCCCAAGCAGCCGUCCUGGGCUUGGUAACUGAGAAUGAGUUCUUUGGAGCCACCGUCAGUCCUGGAGGUUUCUUCUCCAGCUUCGCAAGCAAGCUCGACGGCAUCACAACGGUUGGGUUGAAGCAGCCAGAGAGCAACUGCUUGCCAGAGAACGAAGGCCAAGGCCAGGCAGAGACACCUGAGGAGGAGGAGGAGGAGGCGGCGGCGACAGCAGAGGUUUCCUUCGGCAAACACGCUCGGAGGAGGAAGCGCCCCCCUGUGAGGCUGGUGCCAAAAGUGAAGCCCGAGAAAGGGGAGGUGGGACAGGAAGAGGGAGAGUAUGAGCCAUCCGUUGCACGCGAGGGCAAGGGAGAGCAGGCAGGCGGCCAUCCCACGGGCCCGGAGGAGCCCAGUUGUGAGCAGACUCUGCAGAGCAGUGCCACCAAGAUGAUUGACCUCAGCAUGUUCCACAGGAAGCCUCAAUACCUCCGCCACCUUCAGCGCCAGGAGCAGCAGGAAGUGCCCCUGGGCGGAUGCGAAGAGGGGCUCCCCAGCCCUCCCCUGGCCAGCCUGGAUGGCACUGCAGGGAGCCCAGAGGCUUUUCCCAAUGACUGUGGCUUCCCGGGCAGUGCUGGCCCCCCACCCCCCUUGAUCGAUGUGGGGGGUCACGUGCCACGCUUUCCUCCAGGGCAAGGCAAGAGCGAGAUGGGCUUUGUGUGGCAGGAGCCGAUGGACUUUGAGGCGGAGGCCCCCGGCGAGCACAGCAAGAAGAUGCAGCUGGACCGCCUGGACAUCAACGUCCAGAUUGACGACUCGUACCUGGUGGAGAAGCGGUGGCAGUGCCGCCUCUGUGAGAAGUCCUACACGUCCAAGUACAACCUGGUGACCCACAUCUUGGGCCACAACGGCAUCAAGCCCCACUCCUGCCCCCACUGCAGCAAGCUCUUCAAGCAGCCCAGCCACUUGCAGACCCACCUGCUCACGCACCAGGGCACCCGGCCCCACAAGUGCCAGGAGUGCCACAAGGCCUUCACCCAGACCAGCCACCUCAAGCGCCACAUGCUCCUCCACUCCGACGUCAAGCCCUACAGCUGCCGCUUCUGCGGCCGCGGCUUUGCCUACCCCAGUGAGCUGAAGGCCCACGAGGGCAAGCACGAGAGCGGCCGCUGCCACGUCUGCGUGGAGUGCGGCCUGGACUUCUCCACGCUUACCCAGCUCAAGCGCCACCUGGCCACCCACCAGGGGCCCACCCUCUACCCAUGCCCAGAGUGCAGCAAGUCUUUCCACUACCGCAGCCAGCUGCAGAACCACCUGCUCAAGCACCAGAACGUGCGGCCCUUUGUCUGCACCGAGUGCGGCAUGGAGUUCAGCCAGAUCCACCACCUCAAGCAGCACUCGCUGACCCACAAGGGCGUGAAAGAGUUCAAGUGCGAAGUGUGCGGGCGAGAGUUCACGCUGCAGGCGAACAUGAAGCGCCACAUGCUGAUCCACACCAGCGUGCGCCCCUACCAGUGCCACAUCUGUUUCAAGACCUUUGUGCAGAAGCAGACGCUCAAGACCCACAUGAUCGUGCACUCGCCUGUCAAGCCCUUCAAGUGCAAGGUAUGUGGGAAAUCCUUCAACCGCAUGUACAACCUCCUGGGCCACAUGCAUUUGCAUGCAGGCAGCAAACCCUUCAAGUGCCCGUAUUGCUCCAGCAAGUUCAACCUGAAGGGCAACCUCAGUCGGCACAUGAAGGUCAAGCACGGGGUGAUGGACAUCAGCCUGGACAGCCAAGAUCCCAUGCUGGAGCUCACAGGUGCUGAUCAUUCAGAGCUGGACGGACAGCAGGAGAUGGAGGACUACGAGGAGGAGGAGGACCCAUAUCGCUAUGGGGCGGUAGUGGGAAACCCUGCCAGCGAGUCUGCCUUGGCAGAACAAGCCAUGAAGGAAAUGGCCUACUACAGCAUGUUGUAGCUGAGGGGGGAGGGGGAGGCAGGUGCCCCCACUCUCUCCAGAAAGCUCUGCUUGAGCUGCAGAGAACUGGGGUGGUGGUGCGGGGAAGAGGCCCUGCCUCGCUAGCUGUUUAGCCCUGCACUGGAUCUGUGGGAGUUUCUUCACUGCCCCCCCCGCAGCCCCCUUGACUGGGCUCUGGUUCUCUGAUGGGCUGCCAGUACUUUCAUUUGCAGCCUGAAAGGACCAGGGACCACCCUUGCCUUAGCCUACCUCCCACAGCACCCAGCACAAAGGCUCCCUCCCUCCCUGGAGUAGAAGGUCCCCUUGGGGUGCUGAAAUGGGCCAGGACCAGCCAGACUGGAUCCGUUCCUGUAUGUUUCUUCUACAAACUACCUCUGCCCUGCACCAAAAGAAAAGAAGUGACCCAGGGCAGGGGGCCUGCCCAAAACACCUAUGGGCACAGAGUGCCCCUUCACCCACCCCUGGCAGAACAGCUCAAGUCAGCCUGCUGCGCAGACCGUCCCUGUGCAGUCUGUGGCCGUCGUAAAUUAUUAUGCCCCACUUGCGCGUGCGUAGAUCUACUGUGUUUAUUUUCUGUUCUAAAGAAGUUCAGCAAUAAAUGAAUAUUCUUUGGCAGAA